UCCGAGCAGGACGGUCAGGGCGGCGCCAUAUUGUGAUCACGUGACCCGGGCUCCGAGCAGGACGGUCUGGGCGGCGCCAUGUUGCGGAAGCUGACUGAGCAGCAGAUCACGGACUGGUUUGCUAUCGGGAAGGCGGUGAAAGAUGUCAAACUGCUGGGGACGUGGUCCGAGCCGUUCAUCCCCUCUCCCCCUGUGGAGCCGGUGGUUCUCAGCUCGUUCAGGGCUGGCCUGGGCCGAGGACAUCAAUCUGAGACGGCAUAUGUAGAAGAAUUUAGACGGCUAGAAGAGAGAGAACUCCAAGUAGUGCGAAAGACUGCAGAUGAAAAACCAGCAUCCCGACGGAAAUGUUCUGGAUGGGACAAAUUACUUUUCAAAGAAAACGCGCAUACCUACCCAGCUUUGCCAAUAUCAAAAAACAGCGAAGAGUUAAUUACUUUGAUUGAAAAUAAUUCUGUUGUGAUUAUACAUGGAGCUACGGGCAGUGGUAAAAGUACUCAGUUGCCGCAGUUCAUCUUGGAUUACUACCUGCAGCAGUCAUCAUUUUGCAAUGUUGUUGUUACCCAACCUCGUAAAAUAGCUGCACGCAGCAUUGCUACUUGGAUAAGCAGGGAACGGAAAUGGACCCUUGGAGGCUUAGUAGGUUACCAGGUGGGGUUGGAAAAAAAAGCAACAGUUGAUACUCGGCUACUGUAUGUGACAACUGGCGUCCUCCUUCAGAAGAUUGUUAGUGCAAAGAGCUUAACAGAGUUCACACACAUUUUUAUUGAUGAAGUCCAUGAACGCACUGAAGAAAUGGACUUCCUUUUGUUGAUUGUACGUAAGCUCCUGCGUACCAACUCUCGAUUGGUGAAGGUAAUUUUGAUGUCUGCCACAAUCAACUGUAAUGAAUUUGCUGAAUAUUUCGCUAUGCCAGUUCUAAACCAACUCAUUCCAGCAUAUAUUUUUGAGGUAGAAGGCAGACCCCAUGAUGUGGAGUUAUUUUACCUCGAUGAUUUAAAGCACCUUCCUAGGAUAAAGUCACUACCUACGUGUUUUCGGGAACCCUACAUAUAUGAGGAAUUGUACGACAUUGCAACAUACCUGAUUCAGUAUUUCGAUGAUCUGGAGAAAGAACAAGAUCACUUGAAAAAUCCCACGUUGGCCACUGAACCGAACAGCGUCUUGUUUUUUUUGCCAGGACUACAUGAAAUAAACUGCAUGCAUGAGCGUUUUACAAAUAUGGUUCAAAAAAGAUUACAGGUGUAUCCACUGCACUCGAGCAUCAACUUAGAUGAGCAGAAUUCUGUUUUUAUGACUCCAAUCUUAGGAUACAGGAAGAUAAUAUUGUCUACUAACAUUGCUGAGAGCUCCAUAACUGUUCCUGACGUGAAAUAUGUCAUUGACUUUUGUUUGACAAAAACUCUUGUUUGCGAUGAAGAAACAAACUAUCAGAGUUUAAGGCUGAGCUGGGCAUCAAAGGCCAAUUGUGAUCAGAGAAAAGGACGAGCUGGACGGGUUUCCAAAGGGUACUGUUACCGGUUAAUUCAAAAAGACUUCUGGAACAAUAUACCUGAUGUUAUUGUCCCUGAAAUGCAGCGGAAACCUUUGGGGAGUACAAUAUUGAAGGUGAAACUCCUUGACAUGGGAGAGCCUCGAGUGCUGCUUUCAACGGCGCUGUCUCCUCCUAGAAUCUCUGACAUUGAACGCACUAUACUUUUGCUUAAGGAGGUGGGAGCACUUGCAGUAAAUUCAAAUCAGGAAGAUGAAAAUCCCUACAAUGGUGAACUGACGUUUCUGGGGAAAGUUCUUGCACAGUUACCUGUUGACCUUCAGCUUGGGAAACUUAUUGUUCUUGGUCAUGUUUUUGGAUGCCUGGACGAGUGCCUUAUUAUUGCUGCAGCUCUGUCCCUCCGGAGUUUUUUUGCUAUGCCGUUUAGGCAACUUCUUGAUGGUUACAGGAGUAAGUUAACUUUCUCUGCCAACAGCAGAAGUGAUUGCAUCGCACUAGUGGAUGCUUUCAAGCUAUGGCGGGAUCGCAAAACAAGAGGAGAGUUGGCGUUUCCCAAGGAUGAGUUGGAAUGGGGCAGAGCAAACUAUUUUCAGAUCAAGAGACUAAGAGAUGUGUCUGCUUUAUAUGAAGAACUUAAGGAGAGGGUCUCCCAUUACAAUAUGCAUGUUACCAGUAAUGUGAGCACGGACCCAGAUUAUAAAUACAAACAGCGCUUUGUCCUCCAGAUUGUCAUGGCCGGAGCGUUUUACCCCAAUUACUUCACUUACUCAGAGCCUGAUGAAGCAACUGCCAUAAAGGAACUUGGUGGAAAAGACCCAAGAACUACGGUUGUGUUGAAGAAUAUCCCGCCAUAUGGAUUUCUGUAUCACAAGCAGAUUCAAUCCUUUUUCAGACAGUGUGGUCAAGUGAAAUCCAUCUUAUUUGAUGGAGCAAAAGCCUUUGUAGAGUUCUCACGCAAUCCCACAGUCAGAUUUAAUACUCAGCAUGCGGUGCACUUGGCCAUCAAGAUGUCUCAGCUAAAGGUUCCACUUCCUCUGAACUUUCAUUCUGCUGAACAGAUUGAAGAGAAAUGUGAAGGGCCCGUCGAUCUGUUAAAACAUAUACGAGUCAAUGUGGACUUACAUAAGCAGAUCAUCGAGCCAAUUCAUAUGUCACAAAUGUAUAGUGAGCAGACUGGGACCAUUAAACGACUCACUUUAUCAAUAAAUGUGACUGAGGUGGUAGAAGUUGGACACUUUUGGGGUUACAGGAAUGAUGAACAAAACGUCCAUGUGUUGGGAAACCUUACUGAAGAAAUUAAUAGCAAUGAUCUGAGAGCUCUGCCACGAAGGCCACAUCCCGAUAUGUUAUGUUUGGCACCAUACGUAUACAUGGGCAGACAAAAUUAUUUCAGGGCUCAAAUAGAGUAUGUUACUGGAAACUGUGCCGUGGUCUUUUUUGUGGACUACGGUAACCAAUCAAAAGUGGAACUUAAUCUUCUAAGAGAAAUCCCAAAUUACCUUCUAGAAUUUCCAUUUCAAGCUCUCGAAUUUAAGAUCUGCAAGAUGCGUCCUUCUGCCAAGUCCAUCAUUAGCGGGGAGCAGUGGAGCUCCGCAGCAAAUGCUCGCUUUGACUCCUUAGUGAAUGGCUGCACACUCGUGGUGAAGGUUUUCUCCAUCAUUCACGGCCUAGUACACGUGGAAGCUCAUCGCAUGUUUGAAAUCCUAGAGGAGAUGAGCAUUAGAGACAUACUGAUUGCUGAUGGGUUUGCAGAGCCGGCCGAGGAGUCUUACGAGUCCAAACAAAGCAACGAGAUCUUAAAAGAAAUGUUUUCCACAUCAAUUAACGAGACUCCAUCAUUUAGUAUGCCUGAUCAAAAGGAAACCAAAUCUCUGAUCAACAGUGUGUUAAAAAGCUUUACCAGUAAUAAACUUGGAGAUCCAUAUAAGAAGGUACCUCUCCGGGGGCCAUACCAUCCUUUUGAAGUACAGUUUCACAGUAUGACUAAUGUUUCCAGAUUCAGGUCUGUGUGGCUAGAAAAAGAAAGCAUUAACUCGGUGGUAGUUAAUGACACGCCGGAAGAAACCUACCAAAGGCUGUUUGUUGCUGCAUCAGUAUCUGUGAACGCGUCCGGUUCCGCCAUAAUAUUACGGGAAACGUCACUGAUGCCGUCAAUUCCCGGAUUGCCCGCCCUCGUCGCCAUGUUGUUUGCACCAGUAAUAGAACUGAGAGUUGACAAGAACCAGAGCGAAUACAUAGGUGCUAUUUGCGGGCUUGGGUGGGACCCGAGCAGUAAUUCUGCGGUAUGGCCCGAACACGAUAUUGAACUGGCCUUCGAUGCUCACAUCACUAUUGAUGACCUGUUAAAAGUGAAUGGAAUCAGAUCUGCUGUUAACAACAUUGUUUCCCACCACCAUGACGGUUCCCUUAGAAAGGCUCUGGGAAGGACAGAAGGGCUCCAGGAAAAUGUUCGAGAAAAACUUUUCAACUUGUUUCAAAGGGAUGAGCCCCGUGCCAUAGUCACUGCUAAAUGGGAUGCGAACCUGUACAAGUGGAAUCAGGUGGAUCCAAAAUUCCUUAUUGACCAAGCGUUUGGACUUGAUGAAGAGAGACACGCGAUUUACCAGCUGCAUAAACUUGUCAUGUUAAAUGCUUAAAGCGCUGUAUUGGAAUUUUUUGUUUGUUUGGUUUUAUGUUCUCUCAUCAAAAGAUUGUGUUUUGUUUUUGUUUGUCUAUGUUAAUAA